AUGGCUUUUUUUUGUCCCAACUGUCAUAACAUUGUUUUAGUUCAUAUAGAAAAGGGGGUUUAUUUUUAUUGUAAAUCAUGUAAUUAUAAAUAUAAGAUAAAAAAUAAAAUAUAUAAUAAAUUCGAUUGUCAACAGUUUAACAAGACGAUUCCUUUGGAUGCCGUUGAUAUAAAUAAUAAAAAUAUGUCUAAAACUCAAGCUGUAUGUCCAAAGUGUACAAAUGAUGAAGCAUAUUUUUAUAGUUUACAAAUAAGAUCUGCAGAUGAACCUAGCACAAUAUUUUAUAUCUGUGUCAAAUGCAACUAUCACUGGAAGGAAUAA